AUGCCGGAGCUUGGAGCUUGGAGCUUGGAGCUUGCAUUCCUGCUGCAGCGUCCCGUCCCUUGCCCGUGAAGCCUGAGAUUUGGGGCGUUCCUGCAUGAUUGCCUAAACGGGCUUAGCGCAUCUCUCUCAGGAUGAGCCAGAACGAUGUCAUACAUCCCCGCGCUACCAGCUGCGCAACUUUUAUAUCGGCGCCUCAACACCAUCGUGCACCUCCAAAAGUAGUGAACAAAAGCGCACAAGAUGCCUAUCAAUCAGCCGUCAAAUCAAAUUAAGCUAACCAACGUUUCGUUGGUGCGCAUGAAGAAGGGCAAGAAGCGGUUCGAAAUCGCAUGCUACAAGAACAAGGUCCUCGAGUGGCGCAAUAAGAUCGAAAAAGAUCUCUCCAAUGUCCUCCAGAUCGAGAACGUCUUUCUCAACGUGAGCAAGGGCCAGGCGGCGCCAAAGGCCGACCUUGACAAGGCGUUUGGCAAGAAGCCCAUGGAAGAGAUUAUCCUCGAGAUACUAGACCAUGGUGAAUUACAGGUCGGAGAGAAGGAGCGUGGUGCCGAACUCGAGCGGACGAAGAACGAAGUCAUCGACAUCGUCGCCGGCAAGCUGGUCGACCCCAGGACAAAGCGAGUCUACACCACAGGCAUGAUCGAGAAGGCGUUGGAUCAGUUGAGUUCGCAAGCACAGGCGCAACAACAGGAACAUAAGGCGGGGACCGAGACGCCAGACGGCGAAGAGAAGGCCAAGGCCACAGCACUGCCCAAAUGGAGUGGGAUUGUCACCACGAAAUCUGCUAAAUCGCAGGCUCUAUUCGCCAUGAAGGCUCUUAUUGCCCAUCAGCCAAUCCCAGUUGCACGGAUGCAGAUGAAGCUGCGGGUUAGCUGCCCCACCUCGGUGCUUAAGCAGGCCGUGAAAAGCGCACCGAAGGCACAAACAGACGGUGAGGAGAAGUCGGCUACCGGGACAGUCAAGGACACAAUACUGGCAUUUAUGGAGAGGAUUGAGAGCCAGGACACCAUGGGCGCCGAGUGGGAGGCUGUCGGUCUAGUCGAGCCUGGCGCGUUCAAGAGCCUGAACGAGUUUAUCGAGAGCCAGACAAAAGGAAGGGGAAAUGUUGAGGUCAUGGAGAUGGCUGUCGGUGCUGAUGAUUGAGUGGUGACACGUCAAGAGGCGUGCUUCGCGCAUAUGCUGUCAGUCGCCUCAUCUGCAUUGUGCCUGAACGCCCGAAAACCCUCAUCCCCAGGGCAUCGAAUCAAACCCAGCUUCAUCUGGGCGCGUAGGUCUGCCUGUUUUCCAUCUACCGGCCCGAUCCGCUCACUACAGCACCCAACGAGGAUGACCGACCCGGACACAGGGCUUUCCGGCAGUCCUGGGCCGCCGGACAGGAAUCGGGCCUCGACAUCCUUCGCAUAGUCGGAUCUCAAGAUCAGCGUCAGUCGGAAAUCUCACGGACUAUUGGUGGCAUCACACUGCGAUA